AAAGCAUGUUAUCAGUUAUCAGUUAUGUGAAAAAUCUUGGCGUGUUCGGCUUCUUGUGUCUCAAUCGUAAUUUUUCCCUUUGAGGACAUCUUUGGCUUCCACUAAUGGUUUAUUGGAAUUGAUAUCAAUGAUGGCAACUGUAGUCAAGUGCUUCAAAUUUUUUACCAGUGCAUGUGCAACAACUGAUACGUUUCCAACCAUGCUUGUUCCCAGAACUUUUACACACUUUUUCCUAAAAGUACAUUCCAGCUCUAAAGCCAGAAUUAAAGCAUUUGAUCGCAUGAGAAUUAAUUCUGAAAACCGACUCAUGUAUGGUGACCUCCUAGAAACACAAUCUGAAAGGAAAAAGAGGCUGGCUAACAAGCGGGAAACUUCCAGCAAGUCCGAUGCUAGUGUCGAACAGAAAGCUAGAGGCGAAACCAGUCUUUCAAUGGAUAGUAAUAUCCCUGCAAGUGUUGUUGACUCAAAUAAUAUAUCCUUAAAAUUUUCUGAAACUUUAAAGAUCGAGCCGGCAUCACCAAUGGACAAGGAUUUCAAAGAUAUAGAAAAGAAUAUUGCGCAGUGUGAUAGUAGCAGUGAAGUUAAAGUAACGAUUGAGACAGAUUCAGUCACAUCCACCUCCCAGUCUUCAAGUGGAGUGAAAGAUAAUGGCAAUAAUUUGGCUGAGGAUCCUCAAACAAAUACAGAACGUUUUACUUUUCCUAUUGAAAAUGCAGAUAAACCAGAUCUUGAAAUAUCUGCAGACACUGAAUUACUCCUCGGAAGGAUCAUCACAAAAUCAGAUAGCCUGUACAAAUAUCCUUCAGUGACCAAAAUUCUAAACUUAACAAUGUCAGAAGCAUCCAAGAGUGCUCUUUUUCGAUGGAGAAAUAGGUUGAUUGCUGAACUUGGUGAAGAAAAAUUUCAAGAACAUCAUGCAAAACAACUUCAAUUAGGUACCUUAUUCCAUUCCAGUCUUCAAGAAUACUUACAGGUAACUCCUAAAGACGAAUCAGUUCUCGAACCUGAAUUGGAAGGAUGUUGGAAAAGUCUAGAGAGAGUUCUCCCUCGGAUAUCUACUGUCAAACUACUAGAGAGCCAUGUUGUACAUGAAAAAUUAAAGUACCGGGGAGUUAUAGAUUGCAUUGCUGUGUACAGGAAUACCCCUCUCAUCAUCGAGUGGAAAAAAUCUGGGAAGUCCAAAAGUAGUCUAGCCAUGACUUAUGAUGCUCCUUUGCAGCUAUCCGCAUAUAUUGGUGCCUUGAAUUAUGAUUCAAGCUACCCAUUCAAGGUUUCCGAAGGUCUAGUUGUUGUUGCGUAUAGUGAUGGUGCACCCGCAAAUGUAUUUCGUUUAUCUCCAGCGGAGUUAAAGCAUAAUUGGAAUGCCUGGUUGGAACGCUACAAAAAAUUUACGGAUAUGGUAGAGAUUGAAUCAACCUAAGGAGCAAGAUGCCGUGUGAUUAACAAGUUUCAACUAGUUCAGAAAAUUAUAAUCAGUCUUUUUCACCUCACUGCCAAUCCUUUCAGGUGUGCUGGCUCCACUAUGAAUAUUCAAGCCGAUUGUGAUAAUAUCAAUUAAGUUCUUACUCGUUUUUUUUCCAACCCUGUAGAAACUGAUCCUGAAUAUAUCAGGCUGAAAAUGAAGGUAAGACUGUUGUAUUCUGUUCAGUCAAAUCAUAUUUUUUAAGCUUUUUGCAUUAUUUAAGUUACCCUGCAGAAGUAAAAUUUUGUAAAGUUCAUGUAUUACUUGUUGUACUUUGUUUGAUGCAUUUAUUUGCGAAGUCUCUGAUGGACUUAAGCUUUGAAGUUCAGGAAUGGACCACUAGACAGGAUAAGACAUGUGCCCUGCAGAACAUGUUUCCUCAUCAAAAUUUCUCGUGAAACAAGAUGAACAUGUGAAAAAAUUUCAACAUCAAGUUACAAGAGAGAAAAAAAUGUAGAACAGUAGAUUCAAAUUUCCCACUCGCAAUAAAAACCAUAAUCAAUGUAGGUCUAAUCAGACAUUAGAAUCAACCCAUACAUUAAGCACAUAACUGGAACUUAACCAGAACUCUGAUUCAAAGUAUCUUUAAUUUUGUCCAAAAAAAAAGUUCGUACACAGUAGAAUUCUUUCAUCACAGAAAAUACCGAAAUUAGCUUUAUAUUCGAUUCGAUUCAAGUAAACUCUGUUUUUUUUCUCUCAGCAGGGAGUGUGAAUUAAUGUAAACAAAAACAGGUUAUUUUUUAACUUAUUAAUAUAGUUUGGAAAAUUUUAAUGCAUCUUUUGUAUCCUACGUUAAAUUUUGAUGAGGUAAAAUAUAUUUUGGUUUUUAAUUUCAAACCGAAUGCAGUGGUUCAUUGUUUACUUAAGUGGUGUUAAAGCACUAUAUAAUCAUCAAAAAUCGUGUAAUUUCUUUCAUUACAGCAAUAGAGAUAUUACACUCAGAAUAAGGAAUAUUUUAUAGGGUAAAAAUUUCAAGACAAGACCGCUUAAGAAAGCAAGACCAUAAGAAAUUAAGACCGCUUUAUUCUAGAAACUAACAGCAACAGGAAGUAAAAUAAAACUACUUUGUUCCAUUUUUUCAUUUUAUAAGUGCUGAAUCCAGCCACCUUCAUUUAUACUCUACUUUUUAUAGACAAAAAGUUAUGCUCAAAAGACCCACUUUCUCAGUUUUUCCUCUUUCAUCUUAAUGCUAGACAAAAAAAGUUCAAAAUCUUUAUAGUUUACCAGCUACAAAAAGAAGCCAUCUGCUCACCUUUUGAGGACUAAAAUCAAUGAUUCUUUAUUUAUUUGGGAACUCUUCAUUAUAAAUCUGCCUGCAGAGUUUUUUUUAGUUCCCACGUAAAACCAGACGCACUGUGGCAUUGUAGCUUUAGUCAAUAUUCAAGGAAGCUUUAUAAACCUACCCAAGAGGCUGUCUCUCAUUCUCCAUCUUGAUUCUUGAUCGUUCUUGAUUUCAAUGAAACGUUUAGUUUUCUGUUAACUUGUGUAGCCUUUCUUAAUUGUCUAAGAAUACCAAUGAUUAAGUCAUUACAUGGGUCUUCAAAUAAAAAUCUAAAUGAAAUCAUUAUUUCAAAUGAAAAAUUGGGUGGACCUAUUACAUUGGCUCAGUCAUACAUUUGUACAAUGUACACAGCUAUAUUUUAACAUUUUAGGACUUAAAGUGCCUCAACCUUAUCCCGGCAUGUGUUAAAACUGUGAAGUAAAGAUCUAGGAUUUCUUUCUUUUUGUCCUGCUCUAGACAAAUAAACUCAAUACUUGCCUGUCAUGAAUUCUUUCUGACAGCCCAAUUUUGCAAA